GAAAGAAAAGGAGAUUGAUUUUUGGUGUUCAACUCAACAGAACUUCAGUGAAACUUUAACUCAAUAUGCCUUACCUGUACUGUUAUUAAGGCCUACCUGAUAUUGGCUUUCAAUCCCUGAUCAGCUAGCUUUAUCAAACGAAAAACGGCGCCCCGAUUUAACGUACGCACAUAGCUAGAAAAGUAUUAAGGUUAUUUUCGGUCACAAUGCACUCGUAACGCAUUACCACCGAAACCUGACCGGAAAAACAAACAUCUGUAUGAUCCGUACCGUACCAUGUCGGUGACAAAGUCAACGGUCUUCCCAGGCCCAGAGAGAUUUUUCGUUUGUGGCUGCUUCUUCACCCACAAUAUAUUUCUCAAGAAAUUCAAACAACAUGUCACGUAUUUUGAGGACGACAAGCUUUUCAAGAGUUCAUGGAAAGAGAUUCUAAUGAAGAAGGGUUGUCAGAAUGAAGAGGAAUUAGAUGCAGCAUUGGUUCAGGUCAAAGCAGAAGUAGAGAGAAGAAAGCUCCGUGGCUCACAGCUCUUGGAAAGAAAAGAGAAAAUUUCAGCUGGUUACAAGCCUCUCUAUCCCCAUCUAUACACAUUACAGGAGUCUUAUUUUGCACCAGAGUUUUUAAAAAUUGUUGAAUACUGCCAAAGCAUGAGUGCCAGUUCAGAGGGGUUAGUUAAAAGAUUAACAAAAGAAAAAGCAAAUCGGGUGUUUUCUUUUCCUGUCUUCACUGCUGAGUUUUGUGAUCAGUUUGUUGAGGAGAUAGCACAUUUUGAGAAUUCUACUCUCCCUAAAGGAAGACCAAAUACUAUGAACAACUAUGGGGUCCUCCUUAUGGAGCUUGGCUUUGACAUUAACUUCCUGAAUCCUCUUCGAAUUGACUACCUUGCACCCAUCACCUCACUCCUAUAUCCAGAUGUUGGAGGGAAUAGCUUAGACUCUCACAGGGCUUUCGUUGUGAAAUACAAGCUAGGCGAGGAUGUGGAUCUGAACUAUCACUAUGACAAUGCUGAGGUGACCAUCAAUGUGAGCCUGGGCAAGGAGUUUAGUGAUGGAGAGCUAUACUUUGGAGACAUGAGACAGAUGCCUUGUAAUGAGACAAGAUACACCAGAUUCCAGCAUCAAAAGAGCAUUGGUCUACUCCACAGAGGACAACACAUGCAUGGUGCCAUGCCCAUUAGUGAUGGGGAACGCUAUAACCUUAUCAUCUGGAUGCGGUCGUCACAGCAACGGAACCAGCUCUGCCCAAUGUGUGAUGAGAAACCAAAUUUAGUGGAGAGCAUGGGUUAUGGGGAUGGUUUUACAGAUAAACAAAGAAUGGAGGAGAAUAACUCUUCUCAAGAGACUGUUGAAAUGUGUGCCGCCCUCUGAAGCUUUGCAGCACUUAUCUUCUUUUAUUUUUAUUUGGCUGCUGCAUAUGAGUCAUAAACAAAGCAGAAAGAUAAACAGUAAUUGCUAAAGAUGUACUCCAAGUUGAAAAUUAUAUGAUUUGAAGAGAUAGAAUAAAAUCAGACAAACAACAUACUAAAAAUUUCACCAAUAUCUGUUAAGGAAAACAUAAUAAUGACAUUAACAAAAAAUGUUUUGCAUUAUUUGGUAAAACAGUUCUAUGCACAUCUUUAUGAAUAUGCAAGCUGAUGAUUUCAUAUCCCCACAUAGUAUUUUAUCAUAUAAAAUUGUAUUUAUUCAAAUUUUGUCAUGCAAGAAUGAAAUACUUCACAAGAUUGGAUUGACUAGUGAUUUAAUGUGUGAGAUAAUCAUUGCUGCAAUCUAUUUUGUUACAAGCGAGACAUAUCAUACACUUACGUAUGAAAAUAUGAAAUAAUUAUGAUCUCAUUUAAUAAAAAUAAGAACAAGGAAAUUUGGGACAUGACAUCAUUAGCCCUUCAUGACAGCUUGCAAACUGUUUUCAUAAAACUUUCAAAUAACAUUGUCACUUGUCCUCAGAUUUUGAUGAAAUUUUCAGCAUUUUGCUCGGUCACGGUGAAUUUUACUCUGUUUAUUAAUAUAUUAUUAUUUUCAUCCUAGAGUACCCUGUUUUCAUGUUUAUUGUGUCAUUGUUACACAGGAAAGAUCAAGUGAUAGAGAAAGAAAUGAUAGUUCAUUGCAUCUUUUAAAAUUUUUGUGCAAUUCAAACAUGCUAGAGAUAAUUUGCUUGAAGUAGAAAUGAUUUACCAGUAGCCAAUCAGAAUUUUGUAUUGAAUUGCCAUUGAUUGCAAACCUGUAUGUCACAUGAAUCCUGGAGUUUAGUGUUAACUAAAUAUGUGACAUAUAAUUUAUUUUCUUAUACUCUGUUCAGAUUCUAUGAUUUGGUAUGUUUGAGAAGAUCCAUACUAGAUACUGUACGUCUCAAUCAUAAGAAAAGCCAAUCAGUUAUCAUUUGUUGAUUUUUCUUUAAUCUUGUUUUUGUAUCAUAUGAUAAAGCUCAGUAACAUUUUUUAGUGUUCAGACUCAUGUUAAUACAUGCAUCAAGUUUAAAAAAAGAAUCAUCCAAAGAUGUGCAAACAACCUUAUGACAAUAUCAUGAUUUCAUUCUGACGAGCCAUGUUAUCUGAUGUCAUAAUUAUUGCAUUGCAACACUGGGUCAAACACAUUUUGAGUCAUCUAUUAAAUAAUUUGGUAAGUUCAGUUUGUAGCGAGGAUAUAAAAAAAACUUUCUCCAGCUUCUAAAGCAUAUUGGUUGCAUAAUUUUGCAUCACCUUAUUUAAUUAUCUUUGAGCUUUGUCUGAUCAUGUCUGAACAAGCCUUUGGAGUAUCCGUAUCUGUGUUCAAGUCAAGAGAAGCACUGAUGUAAUAUUGGAUGAAGAAAAAUCAACUCUAGUAGGUGGUCCUAUUGUAGUCUUAACUAUUUUUUACCCAUCCUUUUUCCCAUCUUUAUUUUUAUGUCAUUACCUCCCUUAUUUUCCACAUUUCUUGAAUUUCCAAGGAGGGGGGUUGAAUCCCUGAUCUUAAAAGACCAUAAUGUCCAAUCCCUAAAAUGAACUAUUUAUUGUCUUAUGUCUAUGGAAAUACUUAUAUGCUAACUUAAAAGUGAAUAAAUGUUUCUGGUUUAUGCUUGUUUGUAAAUUAAAUGUGAAAUAUUAAAUUUAUUACAUUCAAAGGCAUACAUGAUUGAGGAUAUAGUCAUGUUAUGAAAUUUGAACUUGAUAACUUUGUACUCUGUAUUUUGAAAACAUUUGCACCAUGCUUGCUGUCCUUACCUUCACCAUCUGCCAUCCCAGGACAAAUUUCAAAUUGAAUAUACAUCAUGUAGCAGGGGUGGAUCCAGGAUUUUCCAAGGGGGAGGGGGGGGGGAAUUUGUACAAAAAUAUUUGACUUGUUACCCAAACAGAGAAAUGGGAGGAAAGAGAUACUUUUCCCAUCUAGAAGUGAUUAUAGGGACCCAAUUUCAGUGUCCUAUCCAAUUGUAUGGAUUUAUUUACUUUACAGAACUAGUUCUGAUUAAUCUGUUGUCAUUAUUGUGAUAAUAAAACAUUGUGAAAAUAAAAAGACCUGUAAUUUUAUAGAAUAUUUAGGUAGUUUUCUUAUUAAGGCUAUUUACAUGUCUCAAUAAUUGUAAAUUUCAUUUGAUAAGGUUAAAAUAGAGUUUGAUCAAUAUUUUAGUACUGUCCAGAGAAAUUUCAGGCAGAAUAUUUUUGUCUUGAUGCUAUUGAAACUUUUUUAGUCAAAACACAGUAAUAGUUUUAAUAAAUAUAUCUGAAAAAUA